GACUACUGUAUUGAAAGAAUUAAUGAAGAAAAUCAUUACGGAGUAUUAUACAUCCACAUUUUUUCUCCACUAGAGUCUAGGCCCAAACAAAAAAAACCAAAUUAUCAAAACAAUGCACCACCACAUUAACUUGGCUGGAGUUUUCCUGCAACUUGUUACCUCCAUUAUCCUGCCGGUGCUUUCCCCGGCCACCGCCCAAACUCCGACCGCAACCACUGCCGCCGUCACGAAGCCCGGUUGCCCGCAAAAAUGCGGAAACCUGACCGUCCCCUACCCAUUCGGGGUCGGUCUCGGAUCGGGUUGCGCUCUAAACCCGAGCUUCGAGAUCAACUGCAACGAAUCUUCCUCCACCAAUAAUCCCCCGACGCCUUUGAUAAUGAACCUAAAGGUUUACGACAUCUCCGAAUCCGAAGUUCGGGUCUCCACCUCCGUCUCCGGCGUAUGUUACACCCAGACCGGUUCCAUACUCGGGCAGUUCCUGUCCCGGACCGACCUCGGGAACUCGAGCCCGUACACUUUCUCGGACAAAAACAAGUUCACGGUCAUCGGGUGCGACGACGCGGCGGUCGUGUCGGGCAACAACUCCCUGACCGGGCAGUCAUUCACGAGCAUCUGCCCGUCCGCGUGCGUGAAGCCCGAGGAGGUACACGGCGGGACCUGCGAGGGGGCCCAAGGGUGCGGUCAAGUAUCGGUCCCGAAAGGGCUGAGGGAUCUCAACGUGAGGGCGAUGGUCACCUCGUACGGGCACACCCGAAUGUGGUCAGCUAACCCGUGCGGGUACGCCUUCCUCGGGGAAGCGGGCCGGUUCCAAUUCCGAGGAUUGGAUGACCUGAGUGAUCUGAAUUUCAUCCGGCGGGUGUCCGCGAGCGUACCCGUCGUGCUGGAUUGGGCGAUCGGGAACCUGACGUGUGAGGGAGCAAGAAAGAGGGAGGACUAUGCGUGCUUGGGGAAAAGCCAUUGCGUUGAUAUGGACAAUGGUACGGGAGGUUACCGUUGCAAGUGUGACCAUGGUUAUCAAGGGAACCCCUAUAUUACUCAUGGCUGCCAAGAUGUGAACGAGUGUGAAAAUCCAAAUGAGAACCCGUGCGUAAAGAUAUGCACAAACACGCCUGGAAGCUAUAUGUGCUCUUGUCCAGAUGGGUACACUGGUGAUGGUAGAAAGAAUGGACAUGGCUGUGUUGAAACUCAUUCAAAUUUCCCAUGGAUCAAGUUUUCUAUUGGUUUGGGGAUAGGCCUUUUGUCACUGGUUGUCACAGUAGCAUGGUUAUACUUAUUCAUCAAGAAAAGGAGACUCGUCAAACUUCGAGAAAAAUUCUUCCAACAAAAUGGUGGUUUGAUCUUGAAGCAGAGAAUAGCUGCAUCAGAUGGUGGCGGCGUAGAAGCGGCAAAAAUCUUCACUGCUGAGGAGCUGCAGAAAGCCACCAACAACUACUCGAGUGACCGAGAACUUGGCCGAGGAGGAAAUGGUGUCGUUUACAAAGGAAUCCUACAUGACAACCGUAUAGUGGCCAUUAAGAAAUCAAAGACAAUGGAUGAGAGCAAAAUUGAAGAGUUCAUCAAUGAGGUUGUCAUCCUCACUCAAAUCAACCAUCGUAAUGUGGUCAAACUCAUAGGUUGUUGUCUGGAGGCUGAAGUUCCUUUGUUAGUCUACGAGUAUAUCUCCCAUGGAACUCUUUAUGAUCACAUCCACAAACAUGAUGGCUCCUCUUCCUCCAGUUGGUUGUCUUGGCAAAACCGUUUAAGAAUAGCUACUGAAACAGCCGGUGCACUCGCCUACCUCCAUUCAUCCGCGGCCAUUCCUGUAUUCCAUCGAGACGUAAAGUCAGCCAAUAUAUUGCUAGACUAUAACUAUGUCGCCAAAGUGGCAGACUUUGGCGCAUCUAGAUUAAUCCCUUUGGACCAGACGCACAUAGCCACUUUGGUCCAAGGGACAUUUGGGUACUUGGACCCUGAGUACUACAGGACGGGCGAGUUAACUGAAAAGAGUGACGUGUACAGUUUUGGAGUGGUACUUUGUGAGCUUCUGACCGGGAUGAAGCCAGUAUCUAGAGAGAGAAACGAGGAGGAUGCGGGUUUGGCGGCCCAUGUGGUGAUCUCCAUGAAUAAGAAUCAAUUGUUCAAAAUUUUGGAUCGUCGAGUUUUGAGGGAAGGGGCGAUGGAACAAGUUGUGAGUGUUGCGGAGCUUGCAAAGAAAUGUCUACACAAGAAUGGCGAAGAUAGACCUACGAUGAAGGAAGUGGUUAUGGGGCUUGAGAGGUUGAAGAAGUUGAACAAAGAGCCAUGGAGUCAUGGAUCCCAUGUGCCACAGGAUGUGACGAUGGUUGGUCAAAUGAACGCUUUGGAUGAGGCGUCAGACCUUUACACGCUUCAAUUGAACUCCACCACUUUCACUAGUGAGUACUCUGGUCAAUACACUUCUCCCAAUGAUUCCAACACCACAUUUCUCCACGAAGCCUAGCUAGUUACGAACUCACUGUUGGAACACGGGUUUACGCCUCCGUCGUACUAAACUGUGUUCGUCUUUAUGACAGGUUUUGAUAAUGCCAAACCGCCGCGACAUAUCGAAGCUAAAGUGAGCAAAACUAAGGCGAAGGAACAUGGCAUGAUGACUUGAGAACCAAGAACCCAGAAUCAAGAACGAAGAACUAGAAUUGUAUUGAGUCGGUCUUAAUGUGAUCAAG